AUGACAACAAUAGCUGCAUAUAUUUGUUAUCUGAAAACAACGUGUAAUGUAAUUAUACUCUUGAGAGACUAUGUGAACAUGCUUUCUGCGAAGUAUUCGUUCUGUAACUGUCAAUCACGGGGUCCUCAAUCUACUAUUGCAAACAACAGUAGAGGAAGGGGGACAAAUUUGUCUAAUAAAGGAUUUCACAACUCUGCAAGGGGUUUCAUCGACUUACAUUCUCUUCCACGCCUGAAAUUGAAUAACAUUAGGUCGUGUGACCAUUGUGGUGCUAAGCUGUUUCCCCAUGAGACUAAGCAGUUCUGUUGUUUGAAUGGAAAAGUCAGUCUACCAAAUCUGCCGGUACCUCCAGAACAUAUGUUGCUAUAUACUGCACAAUCAGAAGAGGGAUUUCAUUUUAGGCAUAAUAUUCGUGCAUACAACCAUGUUUUUGCCUUCACAUCAAUCGGGGUACGUAUCGACCAUAACACGGCUAAUCUUAGGAAGGGAGUGUAUACAUAUCGUGCUCAAGGUACUAUGUAUCACAAGAUUGGGAGUCUCAUACCAGAACCAAGUGAUAGACCAAGGUUCCUUCAAAUGUACAUAUACGACACCGAACAUGAAUUAGAGAACCGGAUGAAAGAGCAACAGUUUGCUGCCAAGAAUGACAAGAUUUCACAAGUUAAUGAUUUGCAUGAUGUUCGUCUACAUAUAAAAGAGCAGCCAACUUAUCGUCGUCAAUAUAACAUGCCAACAUCACCGCAAGUUGCUGCUAUCUUAGUUGGAGGAGAAGAUCCGAGUGAAGUGCUUCCAAGGGACAUCAUUGUUGAAACAAAUUCUGGACAACUUCUGAAUGUACCCGAUACGGCAUGUUUAUACGAUCCACUACAAUACCCAUUGCUACUUCCUUAUGGGAGUUUUGGUUGGGAUUUGACAAUUUUCUCCGACAACGCUAGAAGGAUUAGUUGUCGGGCAUAUUAUGCAUAUAUGCUACAUGUAACAAUUCGAGAAAAUGAUCACUCGAUUCUCUUACGUGCUGGGAAAUUGCUACAGCAAUAUGUGGUCGAUAACUACGUGAAGAUCUCAACAAUGAAGUUGAGAUGGGUUCGAGAUAACCAAAGGACAUUCCGAGCUGAUUGGUACUCUGGUGCUCUUGACAAGGCAGAUGCAAAUACAGGUGAUAUUGGAGAGCGGGUUAUUCUGCCUCCAAGUUACACAGGAAGCCCACGUGAUAUGCAUCAAAGGUAUUAUGACGCCAUGGCAUUGGUUCAGAAGUAUGGAAAGCCUGAUUUUUUCAUAACCAUGACAUGUAAUCCUAAGUGGGAGGAGAUCCAGAAGGAAUUAACACCAGGGCAACAAGCACAUGAUAGGCCAGAUUUGACGACGAGAGUCUUUCAUUCUAAGUUUGGAGAAUUGAAGACGGAUCUGUUCACUAAGGGGGUUCUAGGAAAGGUUGUAGCACAUGUUCAUGUCAUUGAGUUUCAGAAAAAAGAGGUCUUCCACAUGCACAUAUUCUUAUCAUUCUCGAUGAGAAAGACAAGCUACGUAGCCCAGAUGACUACGAUAAAGUUGUUCGAGCAGAAAUACCUGAUCCAGAUGUUGAACCAGAGCUGUAUGAGGAUGUCUUAA